CUCAACAUCUUCCGCAAUGGCUUAAUUGCGCCGAAGCAGAUCACGUAUGACUCGCUGGUGCUUCUGCUCAAUGAGGAGGACCAGGAAUUGAAGGAUAAGCUGACCGAGAGAUGGCGAGACCAUAAGCUCCAAGAGCUGAACUUGAUUGGUGUAGUAGGCGCUCUUCUCGCCGGUGCCCUCACCAGUACGGGCAGCUGGCCGAAACUCCUAGAAAACGGAAACAAGCAGCCAUGGCAUGUUCGCGCGUUCUGGUACAGUGGAAUUGUGUUUGCGCUAUUUGCAGUUCUUGUAGCCGCACAGCACAGCCUUCGUCUACAUCGCUUGAGUGCACAUCGGCACGGUCUCGCCUACAUCAGGAGCUGCAUGAUGGGAGACUUGAGGCAUGACGGGAAGAAGGAGCCUAGAUGGAUACAGGUCCAUGCCUGGCAAGCAAGCACGGCAUUGCUGACAUUGGCUGCCCUGUGCAUGAUUGCGGGAAUGACCAUACUUAUAUGGGUCAGCACAAAUUGGGGACCUUAUAAGAAUCCGAGGGAUGCUUGGUGGGACGAGAAUGCCUUCCUUGCUGUGGUGUUUACUGUAGUUCUGGGUAUCACCACAGGUUUAGUCCUCUGUUCACAGGUGUCGUUGGCAGUGGAGCUUAGUGAAGAUGUUUAAAGGACCAAGGAGGGACCGACGUGUUAGUUGACAAGAUCUGCAUUGGGGUUGGGCUUGCAAUUGGAGACUAUUUGGAUCACCAUGAGGCAAAAGAUCUUCACAGAAACAAUAUCUGUGGCAUCUGGUUCUCCAAGCCGGACAUCUAGAACAAAGUCAGUGGUAUAUUGUAAUAAGUUUUCUCGGAAUUUGAUUGAACUCGCUAUAGAAAACUGCUUCUGGGUUAAUAGAGUUAGUUG